GCAAUUGUCAGCCUAUUGCAGAAAUUAAUUUUUACAUUAUAAUUUUGUAAUUUUUAAUUAUAAUUUUUUUACGAAAAAUUUUAAUAAACUCUUAAUAGACAUGAAAGUAUUUAUUUUGCGAAGAACUUUAUCGCAUAUACAACUUUUAAAAUGUAUUACAUAAAUAAAAUUAGAAGAACAAAGUUAAAACUUAAAAAGAGGAAUUAAGUAAGCUUGUUUGAUUUUUACAAACGAGUGCUAUACAGUUCAUAAACUCUUAACGAUGCACGUGUUAAAAAUAAAGGAAAUGUCUUAAUAUUUCUGACUUGCAUAAUAAAGCAUGAAUAUAAAAAGUUUUUUGACAAUGUUUAACAUCAAUUUCACUGAUUUCUUAGUUUUUUAUUAACCAGAAAAAAUUUCAUUAUUUCUUAAUAUUACUUUACAGUCUGUUAAAUGUUACUGACGUUUAGUGAGUUCUGGUACCAUUUAUGCAAUUUGUGUAAUUGAAUAAACUAAUAUAAGAGACAGAUAAAGAAAUUUAGUUUAAUUUCCAGAUAGACUUAUAAAAUUUAAUUUAAUUUAUUUCAAUUGCAAAAAACUUUUUUACUAAUGUAUAUUUUUUAAUCUUAAAAACAAAUCUAAAAUUAGUUAUUUAAAAUUAUUAGUCGAAAAAUGUGAUUUUUGUAAUACAUUAUUCAAAUUUCUUGCUGUCUCGAUCACGUUAAACGAGUGUUUAAUUACUUUUAAAAGCAGAAAUAUUAUAAUUGUUUAUAGAGAAACAGAUUAAAAUGACGGUAAAAGCUACAUCGACAACAUCGAUCAAAGCGACGACAAAAUGAACAAAAGCUAUUGAUCGCGUCAUUCAAUUUGCACGAGCGCUCGCUCACAUCUUCAGCUGUGUCCGCGGGGGAUUAACCGAGGAGAAAAAUGAUCCUUUCAGAUCGCACUGAACGUGACCCUGUGCGCCGCGAGAGAUCAUUCGCGAUACGCCGUUGGAAAUGAUAUGCGACGCGCGUAUAUGCGGCGAUUGCCGAUAUCUGGAGCAGGACGAGGACGUAGACGAUCGGACGACGAGCCUCGCGGAGUUCCUGGUGAACUGUCAACACGCGAAAUGCAAGGUGGUUCGCCUGGUCCGUCAGCAAAUAAGUAAACUGCAGGAUAUGCAGUAUGAGCGUAUCCUGGCCGCGAGUGACGUGCACGAUGAGGCGCAUGAGAAAACGCUUAACGAAAUGCCCGCUGAAAUACAUGAAGCGCUCGACAAUGAAGUACACGAAGUGUACAGCGAAGUACACGAGCCGUAUGACGAUCCGCACGAGUUAGAGGACAAAGUGGAGCAGGCGUUCAACGUACGGCACGACAAACUGCAUGGAGAGCAGAAGGCCGCUGCAGUUGUUAAGCGAACUGUCGGAGCGAAUACGGACGCAAUAAGGAACGCGGCGACCGCAUCCUUGCGCCGCGCGGCGUCUCCUGGGAGAGCGGUGGACCGCAAGUGGAUGCUGCGGAUCCUGGAUCGCGUUCGUCAUCGUGCGCAUCUGAUACUGGCGGCCGCUGCGGUCGGCGUGAUAGUCUGGACCGCUCUGGUGUACGGUGUCUUCCUAGGCGCGACGGCCUGCGGAAGCGGCCGCACCUGCUUCCGGUCGUCUCUUAAAUACACGCACGCUAAACGCACGUUGUUCUAGCUCGCAUCGUCCAUUGACCGUGGUCAAUAAACGGUGGUCAAAGUUAACCGAGGUUCAACCUAUUUCAAUCUUCCGCGCCCCCACGAGAAAAGAUGGAAGAUGCUUGACCGCUGGCUAGCUUUACUAAAGUUAUUUUGUAAGAAACUAUUUGUAAACGUAUCCUUUUUUUUGUAAAAUUACAAUAAUCUCGUUCAUAUGUCUGUCUAUCAAGAUGUGUCUGAUAAAUGUAGAUUUUUAAUACUAUCCCUUUUAAAAGAACACACAAAGUAAAGUGAAACUUUAAAUGUAUUUCGUAUAAAUCUCAUAUACAUGCUUUGUUUUCAUGAAAUUCUGAAUAAAUAUGUUUUUCUGAAUAAAUUGGAUAAAUAAUAUUUUCAAUUAUAUCCGCAGCCGUGUUUUUUCUUAGAGGGAAGACUAAAUUUAUUGUUAUACGCUAUAAGUAUUAGUUAAUAUUAUUUUCAGUUAUUAUGUAUGUAAACGCGAAAAUUUUUUUGUAUAUGCAAUAACAUAUAUUUAAAAAAUCAGUAUUUUUAAAUAAAAUCUUGCAUAUCUCUUUUUCUUCCAAAAAGAGAUUAUCUGGUCUAAUUUGAUAAUUAAAAAGAAAAUAAAGUCUAAACUAAUUUUAUUAUAAAAUUAUUGUAGAAGUUUUAAUUGAGAUGGCAGGGUGAAACAUAUUUGGAGCCUCCCAUAUUCGUUAUCUCAAUGUACUUACAUAUAUAUCAUCCAUAAUGUAUAUUGUAUAACAAAAAUACACAUAAGUCAUUAAUAAAAUGAAGAAGCUAAAUUGAGAUUAACAAGCUAAAAACUUAGACAUAAAUAUCCAUAAAGGAUUACAAAAUUUCUUUUAGUUAUUUAAAAAAAAAUUCGCUUGGGAGGAGAAAUUAGAGUGGAAAGCGGCUGGGAGGAGGGUGUAUCAGUCGUGAUAAACGAUGCUAUGGAAUGACAAGACGUUUCAAGACUUGACACAAAAUAUAUUAAACUUGGAAUAGUACACCACGUGUAGCGUUCGGUUAAAUUAUGCGACUAAAUCGUCUCUCGCGACGACUCCUCGCCCCGGUCUCGCGCUGGAUCGACGGGGGGAUCCUAAGGACUCUCGAUGAUCUCGGGAGAGAUCGUGGCGCGCCACGAUAUGCUCUACGAUAUGCUGAUAUGUCUGCUACGAUAUCGUCAUCGUGAUAUGUCACACCGGCGCGCGUUAACAAGCGAGACACAAGAUUCGUUGACUUUGUCUUUGAUAUCCGCGUGUAUCCGUCGUGGCAUCGAUCGACGGCGCGCGGUACAGUUUUCAGGCUUCCCAAAUCGAUUGCCCUUAUGAUAUGCUCUAUGUCUGUGUAUGUGUGUGUGUGUGUGUGUGUGUGUGUGUGU